AUGUCGUUCGCCAUCCUCGGGCUCGGCGCAUACUCUUCGCCAGAUAUUCGGGUACGGGGCGAAAGCGAAGGCUUUGUUCAGGUGGCAUUUCAAAACAUGAACCUCUGGGAUAACAGAUUCGGUGCGAAUCAAGGGCCUGUGUCACUUCUCCUUAGCAUAUAUAUGCUGGAAGCCAACAUGAGGUCGAAUUCUCUGAUCUGGCUAGGAUGCGCUACACGAAUCGCACAAGACAGAGGCCUGCACAUACAAGGAGGGUAUUGGUCAGCCAUUGAUGGGGAGAUGCGCAAGAGGAUAUGGUAUUCUCUUUACGUUUGUGACAGGGACAGACUCGUGGCAAUGGAACUCGGUAGACCGAUGCUCAUCGCGGACGAAGACUGUGACACAGAAUACCCACAACUGCUCGAAGAGGAGGAAUACAUUGCCGACGUUUUCCAUCCACAGAGACCCACACUGCUCCUAGCAUCUGUACAUUUUCGCUACAGCUUGGAGCCACAGACCCUCUCGAUCCCAUGA